UCCCUCCCCCCUUUGACUAGAUCGCCCCCUCUCUCUCUUUCCUUCUCCUCCCUGAUUCUCGUUGCGUUGCUGAGUUCUUUCCUCUUUUGAUUUGGGGCAACAACUUGGAGGAAUCGCGCAUAAAGGUUUCUGCCAAACUUCCAUUUCAAGGAGCACGACCAAGCCCUUCCUUCUCUCCUCUUCUUCAACCCCUGGUGAGAGUUCCCAUUCCUCAAGGCUCUCUCUCUCUCUCUCUCUCUCUCUCUCUCUCUCUCUCCAUCUGAAGAUUGUAGAAGAUUUUAUUUUCUUGCUCUGAAUACGGACAGUAUGGGCUCUCUUGCUGCUGGUGUUUCAAAUUUGAAAGUACACGUUCCUUCGGCGAGUCUUAGUUCUGAAAGGUCUACUGCACGUGUGUCUUGCUUCUCUGACAGAAUUGCUGUUUCAAGUAGCAGCGAGAAAAUAGACUGCAGGCUUUCAUAUGAUUUAACCAAUCAAAAUGAGUUUUCUGGAGGACUAUAUCCCCUCAGACCUGUCCAAAGGAGAAAGUUAGUUGGCCAAACUUUUUGCUCUGCAGGGGUGUGUACCCUGGAUGGAACCACUUCAGAAGUUUACUCACAAGCUGCUGAAGAGAGGAUUGGGAUCUUGUUGUUAAACCUUGGAGGGCCAGAAACACUUGAUGAUGUUCAACCAUUUUUAUUCAACUUGUUUGCUGACCCGGAUAUAAUAAGACUUCCACGGCUUUUUCAAUUUCUUCAAAGACCUUUAGCUCAAUUAAUAUCAUUUCUUAGGGCGCCAAAAAGCAAAGAAGGUUAUGCUUCUAUUGGUGGUGGCUCACCAUUGAGGCAGAUAACUGAUGAGCAGGCACAUGCUCUUAAAAAUGCUCUAGAGGCAAAAAGAGUUCAUGCAAAAGUGUAUGUUGGCAUGCGCUAUUGGCAUCCAUUUACUGAAGAUGCAGUCAAACAGAUAAAGAGAGACAGAAUUACGAAGCUUGUUGUUUUACCCCUUUAUCCUCAGUUUUCAAUCUCCACAAGUGGUUCAAGCAUUCGUGUACUCCAAACUAUGUUCAGGCAAGAUGAAUAUCUAGCCACGUUACCUGUCACUAUUAUUGAAUCAUGGUAUCAACGGGAAGGAUAUGUUAAUUCAAUGGCAAGCUUAAUAGAGAAGGAGCUGCAAGCAUUUGCAAACCCUGAAGAGGCCAUGAUCUUUUUCAGUGCACAUGGAGUCCCUGUUAGCUAUGUUGAAGAUGCAGGAGAUCCAUACAAGGAACAGAUGGAGGAGUGUGUUGGUUUAAUUAUGAAUGAACUCAGAUCUAGACAGAUUAAGAAUGACCAUACUCUUGCCUAUCAGAGUCGAGUUGGGCCUGUGGAAUGGUUGAAACCAUAUACAGACAAAGUGAUCGUGGAGCUUGGUCAGAAAGGUGUGAAGAGCCUCUUAGUUGUUCCUGUCAGCUUUGUGAGUGAGCACAUUGAAACUCUGGAAGAGAUGGAUAUGGAGUAUAAGGAACUCGCUCUGGAAUCUGGCAUAAAGAAUUGGAGACGGGUGCCUGCUUUAGGGUGCAAGCCUGAGUUCAUAUCUGAUUUAGCAGAUGCUGCUAUAGAGGCGCUUCCUUUGUCAAAAGCGAUGUACAGCCCCAAGAUUGCAGCUCAACAGAACGAUCCCGACGUUUUCAGAUCUGCACUCAAUAUUUUGUUUGGCAGCUUUAUGGCAUUUUUUCUGCUUCUAGGCCCAAAAUUCAUAUCAGCUUUUAGGGGAUUCCUUCAAUGAGAUCCAAGUCUAACGAUCGGAGUCGGCUCUUGCCAGCUAAAUAUUUUUGGAAAGUUACACAGAAAGCAUAAUAGAUUCAAAACAAAAGAGAAGUUCAUAGAAGGCUGUGAAAGAUUUUUCUUUUGGUAGUGGCAGUUGCAUCAGCUCAAAGUCCGUGGCUACGGUCCAUUUCUGCAAGGGUAUGCCGUUCAGCAGUAAUCUUGUUGACAUUUGCCAUAUGAGUCGUUAUUUCUUGUGAAAACGCUUUCUUCCCAUGGUUGGUUGAAGAAAGGAAUUCUUUACAUCCAUAAAAUUACGAAAAUUUCUUUGUAUCA